GGCGGCUGCGGCGGCGGCAGUGUCAAAAUUCUCAUCAGCAGCUGAUGGUUUUGGAGAAACGGGAAGAUAGUGCUGUGUUUUGUGUUUGCUAGCCGUAAAUAAGUUGCGUAUCCAUUACCCGGUGCACCGGUAAAAUUAACGGAUGUAAUCUUUUUGUAAAACAUGAUCCCAACCUCUCCCCGCCCGAAAUCAACAAACAAAAUGGAGAACAUCAAGCCCUAUUUCUAUCUCGGAUCUGCGGCGACGUCAUUCAGCAGCAGCAGCGGUGCUGAAUCGUGCGAAUCCGAUCCUGCGUUCCUGUUUUAUGGUUCGCCGGACUCGGGCGUGAACGAUCUUUCGGCAACCUUCCAGGAGUUGACGAUUGAUGUUGAUGGAAUGGUACAGGAGCUGUUCGAGAGGAACAAACGGGACACGGAUUCAAUUCGGCAGGAUUUCAUCCGGAAUGGCAUAGAUUCGUCAAUUGCGGAAUGCGUUCCCACGAGACGGUUGCCUCCGCCGGGGUUUGGUGCGCUCUCCAAAUGGCCUCUAUCUGCAUGCGAGAACAACUCGUCAACCGCCGGUACAAAUCUUAAGGAUAAUAAGAUGGACGAGCCGGAAAGGAAGGCUAACAAGAGCACAUAUCAAUCGAACAGGCGCAAAAGGUCCAAAGAGAAUGAAGACUAUUGCGUGUUCUGCUACAACAACCGUGAGAAGCAGGAAAUCUACCUGGACCACUGCUGUCGCGAUGAGGAAGGUUACGUCAUAUGUCCAAAGCUGCGCAAGUACGUGUGCCCGUACUGUCAGGCCACUGGACAGCUGGCUCACACCAAAAAGUACUGCCCGAAGAAGCCGAUCAUCACUCCUGACGACCUAAAGAGUAUGGUUCUGCCAUUUGACGGACAGCCAGCGACAGCCGGACGUGGACGCGGAAAGAAAUCUCUUCGAUUUUAAUUAUUUUUUUCUUGCUUGUUUUUUUUUAUGAAAUGUUUCUGAUUAUUUCAGAAUUCAAAGUUCUUCGAUAAUUAACUUUGGUUAUUUUUAUGAAUUGUACUGUAACCGUUCUGUGCCUGUGUUUGCAAGAAAAUCUUCGAUGUUUUUUGCAGUUAUAUUGUUUACAAGAAAUUUGUUAUUCGAACCAUAGUGUUGAUUGUAUAUUCAGAACGUACAAUGAAACUGUAUUUGUUAUUUCAGCUUUUAUCUGAUUCUGUUUUGUGACAAGUACUGAAUAAUGUUAAAAAGCCAUUUCUGUUCAGAGAAAUAAAACGUUCGUUCUAAAUCAA